AGAAUAAAAAUUUAGGGUUUUAGUUAUAGACGCCACAGAAAGAAAGCAGAGAGGUUUUGUUCUGUAGUGUCUUCUUCGAAUCCCUCUCGAUAAUUAUCAUCUCUCAAGAAUGGGGAAAGGACCAGGUCUCUACACUGACAUCGGCAAAAAAGCCAAAGAUCUGCUGUACAAGGACCACAACAGCGACCAGAAAUUCAGUAUCACCACUUCCACUCCUUCCGGUGUUGCCAUCACUUCAACUGGAACCAAGAAAGGUGACUCACUCUUGGGAGAUGUUGCUUUUCAACUCAAGCAAAAAAACACCACUACCGAUUUGAGAGUUUCCACUGACAAUACCGUUUUGAUCACUGCUACGGUUGAUGAGGCUGCACCUGGAUUGAAGUCCAUCUUCAGCUUCAGGGCCCCUGACCAAAACUCCGGCAAGAUUGAGCUUCAGUACUUGCAUGAAUAUGCUGGUAUCAGCACAAGCAUGGGCUUGACUCAAAACCCCACUGUCAACUUCUCUGGUGUUAUGGGUACCAAUGUGUUGGCCCUUGGUACUGAUGUUUCCUUCGACACCAAAUCAGGCAGUUUCACCAAGAUCAAUGCUGGAGUUAACUUCAUCAAGGAUGAUUUAAUUGCCUCCCUUACCCUGAACGACAAAGGAGAUACUGUCAACGCUUCAUUCUACCACCUUGUUAACCCGCUGUUCAACACCGCUGUUGGAGCUGAAGUGAACCACAAGUUCUCCACCAAUGUCAACACCAUAACCGUGGGAACGCAGCAUUCGCUUGACCCCUUGACCACUGUAAAGGCUCGUGUGAACAGUGCCGGGAUAGCCAAUGCACUCAUUCAGCACCAGUGGACACCCAAAUCCUUCUUCACCAUCUCUGGAGAAGUUGACACUAAGGCUAUUGACAAGAAUGCUAAGGUUGGUUUGGCCCUCUCUCUCAAGCCUUGAAAAUGAGAGCCAACUGAUGAAUAUCCAACCAAAGCAAGUUUUUUCUGAUGCGGUGUACUGCUUGGUUUGGUUGUUUUAAUGGUUACUGCUCAAAUCUUUUCCUCAGUUUCUUAUCGGAUUUGUAGAGCAUAAUAAAUUUGGAUUAAUUGAUCCGUCUGUCUUGGUGAUACGAUGAAACUCUAAAGAUCCUUUUCCUCUC